GGUCGCGUUACACGUGUUUGUGCUGCUCUGCCAUUCUUGCGGCCUGUGGCAGGCCGGAGUUCGUUACGACUGUGACCACGACCUCUCGGCGCAACUUAUUUCUUGACCUACAUACUUUGCACUGGAAAAUUACACCCUCACACUGUCACCGUAACUCUCUGGAUCACACUGAUGGCUGUAGACAACUUCUCCUACAAGGACAGCAUACGAGCUGCUUUGGCCUCGUGUAUGCCAUGCUUCAGUGGCAUAGCGCCUGUCAACUCCAAUGAUAAUUCCCGCAGCGAUGUCAGAACCCACAGGUCGCCGUCAAAUGAGCUCGAGGGGCUCUUGCGUGACACAGACACAGAAAUAGAAACGCUCUCCCUGCACUCUAACAUCGGUGCUGGCCGGAGAAAGCCUCGAAAGCGCCCUGCAUUCUCGCUGACACUCUUCGGGUACACGUUAUUCGGCCGCCCGCCGAUUUACCUUUCGGACGAUGAAGACGAACGAUGGAGGAGGAGAGCACUUGGCACUGCAUCAUCAUCCACGCUCGACUCGGAUGCAGCACCACUAGAUGCAUCGACUAUUGCUCGCCUGUCGUCUCCAGACCGCGCAGAAGCUGAGCAGCACAGACGUGAUGAGGAAGCACAGCGGAAGGUAGAGAGGAAGGCACGGCGCAGGGAGCGCAGGGAGCGAGAGCGCAUGUCUGCUUUGCUCUCACUAAAUGGUGGUUCUCUUGUAAAAGGCAGUGGUUUCGAGGGGUUCCAGGGUAGUGGAGAAUCUGCGAUAUCCUCGCUGCCAGCUGAUGAAUUUGGGCCGUUUGUACGGGGGAAAGAAGAAUUGUCAUCCAUAGGAGGAGAAGGAGAAGGCUCCGAAGACGUUGACGAUGCUGACCUCGGCGGGGAGUUAUACACCCGCAAGAAACGCCAAUCUGUUUGGAGUGGUUCGGGUUCAGACUCUCGCUCUCGGACGUCUGCUUCAGUCUCCAAUGGGGAUGCAAAUAUACAUUACAACCAUCACCAGUUAGCACAAGCUGUCCCACCCUCAUACCCACAGACCGAGAUGCAGCUGCCCAACCCUGCCAAAAAAUCAAAACACCGCACAUCAAAACGCUUUUCGCCUCUCUCGUCUUCGACAGCGUCGCAGUCCACGGCACCUUAUACUCCCGCUCCGUCCAUAUCUGCGUCUCCAGCUGUUACUGCAUUCCCUGUCCCCCAUGAGCGCAUAGAGCACGCCAUCGGGGGAGAGGAUGUACGGGGAUUUCCAAGUGUUGGGCUUUCGGGCGCAAGAGGGAAAACGAGAGACAAGGGUGCGUUCCUCGCUAGCCGGGAGGCAGCUCAAUCAUGAGUGGGAGUGUAAUCAAGAGCGUGCUUUAUUUUUUGGUAUGCACAUCUACAUCUACAUCUAUCAUGUAUGAAUACUUAUAUUGUUCCGUGGAUGGGGCUUAUGUUGUUAUGAUAUCAGUGAUUUUUAGAUGCCUUAAGCUUGCAUCUUGGUCCG